AUGCAAGUGCCGGACGAGCAGCGCACACUUGGAAUCGUGGUGGCGGUCAUCAUGCUCUGCCUGUCCUGCACCUGCCUGGCGAUGUGCAGCGCGUGCCUGUGCGUCUGCGUGCGAGGUGUGCCAGCCAAAUAUGUACCCCAGAUUGAGGCCGUCCUUAAGGACCUCGAGUCUCAAGGCUACCUGCCCAGAUUCUCGGAUUCCGAAGGCGGGCGGCAGGACCGUCAGGACGCAAGGGCGGAGAUUGACGACCUAUCGGACUUGCCGAAGCUGGAGGAGAUGGAGUGGGAGAAACCUCACGCGUUGCUGGGCCUGGUGAAGACAGGGGAGUUCAGAGACUUCACAUUCUCUUCAGAGCUCUACUCGGAUCUCUUCAAGCUGCUAUCCCUGGCAUGUUCCUGGAGAACACAGGAGUCACAACCUUAUGUUGUGAAGGUGCAGCAAAUUUUUUGGGGCUUCGUUCGAGCUCCAGAAUUCAACAUCGCGGAAGCCGAAGAGCAGGUGGGUCCUCAGCUGUGCUGGAGCCUGGCCUCACGCACCGACGGCAGUGCCCAACAGGCUACCGCUUGGUUUCGAGCAACCGCACCUUCGCGAAGUACCUACGGAAAGGGCGAGGACGAUUGGUUUUGGUUCGAAGGUCGUGUCGUGCUGCCAGGCAGAAUGGCCAUUCAUCCGGGUGAGCGUCCGGUGCAGGAGACCAGAGCUGCGCCGCGUCAUUGGCAGGUCCUCGACGACUGGGGGUACCACGAUAUCGGCUUCCGGAACCCGGAGAUGCGUACACCAACUUUGGACUCAUUUCAUCACGAAGGAAUUACUCUCGACCAGUACUACGUGUUACCGACAUGCUCCCCCAGCCGAGCUACCUUCUUGACAGGGCGACUUCCCAUUCAUCAUGGUAUCAACUCCAAGUUGAAGUUCGAGAACGUGGGGCUGCCACUGGACGAGAAACUCUUGCCGGCGCUCUUGAAGGAGCAGGGCUACAAGACACAUGCAGUUGGGAAGUGGCAUCUGGGCUUCUAUCGUGCAGCUUACACGCCGACCUUUCGAGGGUUUGACAGCUUCUACGGAUACUACAUGGGCUCACAGGGCUACUUCACUCACAAGCUUUACACCUACUACGAUUUCCAUCGCCAAGACAAGCCGAACUGCGGCAAGCAGUGUUCGCGAGUGGACUGGAAGGCAGCCGGGAUAUACUCGACACGGCUCUUCACGGAGGAAGCAGUGCGCCUCAUCCGCCGUCACAGCGCGUAUUCUCCCGGCCAGCCACUUUUCCUGUACCAGGCAUGGCAAAAUGUCCAUUAUCCGGUCGAAGUUCCACGACGGUUUCUCCCGCAAUUCAGCAACCUGAUCAGCAACACGACACGGCAGGUUCACGCCGCCAUGGUCGCCGCUGUUGACGAAGGCAUUGCAAGCAUCAACGCGGCUUUGAGCAGCGUCGGCAUGUUGGAGAACUCUGUCAUCAUAGUGACCGGGGACAAUGGAGGAGCCAUCGAUGAGUGCUUACCGAACGGAGCUUCGAACUACCCUCUCAGGGGUGGCAAGUGCAGCGUCUGGGAGGGAGGUGCCCGCUCUACAGCACUGGUCUAUGCACCGGGACGUGUUCCUCAAGGCCUUGUCUUCCCUGGCCUAUUCCAUGCCAGUGACUGGCUGCCCACCAUCAUGGAGGGCCUUCUUGAAGCCAAAGUCAAGGGCACCAAGCCAUUGGACGGUCUCAACCUUUGGCCCGCCCUGGCCCAGAACGCGUCGUCACCUAGGAGUGACAUCUUCUACGGCAUUGCGGAUCACACCGUUGGAUUCCAUGGCCCAGCUCUGCGAACUGCUGACGGCUGGAAACUUCUGCUGAAUGGCGGAGGUGGAAGCGGCCGAUGGUCGAAUGCUUCAAGGCUGCUUGCGGCUGCCACAGUGACGCCGCACAAGAUCUACCCUCAGCUUUUCGACCUGAAGAGAGACCCGUCCGAGAGAUUUGACUUGAGCCAAGAGCGACCCGAUAUCCUGGGACGUCUCAGAUACCUCCUCUUCCACUACGAGCGGUGCUGCCUGAUCGAAGUUGCCGACCGUUCUCUGCGCGUCCCUGGCUUGGACCAUGGUGCUGAAACGCUGAAACGUGCCCCUCUGGAGGGGUUCAGCGACAGCGUGGAGCUCUCGGAAGUUAAAACGGCUCGAGCAAGCCCAGGAGCUUCGAACGGCUUCAUAGAAGCAGACCACGACUCCGUCAACAACAUGGCCCUCUCUUUACCUGGCCGGCCUGCUGCGGGGAGGUGGCAGCGUGAACACCUGCCGCUCAAGGCGGCCGGGCGCUUCGUCCACAAGUCCGCGCCCAUCGCUCCGCUACUGCAGGUGCUGGGGCCGAUCAUCCGUGGCUUCCAGCAGCCUCUGGGAGAGGUGCAAAAGAAGCUCCUCUUUGACACGCUGAUACCAUUGCACAAACCGAACGAGUGGCUCCUGUGGGACAGGCAGACUCCUAUGAUCUCGAUGUAUCACAAGGAGCUCGUCCACUGCAUGCCUGGAACCUGGAGCCAGGGAAUCUGA